AUGGCGCACGCUGCCCCUGUCGAUAUUGCCAACGGCAAUGGCGUCGCUUUGGGAACCGCGAGUCCCAAGAAGGUGGCCUACUUCUAUGAUUCAGACAUCGGCAAUUUCGCCUACGUUGCAGGCCAUCCCAUGAAGCCCCAUCGCAUUCGACUGGCGCACAGUUUGAUUAUGAAUUACGGCGUCUACAAGAAGAUGGAGAUCUACCGUGCGAAACCCGCGACGAGGCUGGAAAUGACCCAGUUCCACACCGACGAGUACAUCGAUUUCCUGCAGAAGGUCAGCCCUGAGAACAUGGACGGCUUUCAGCGGGAGCAGUCCAAGUUCAAUGUCGGAGACGAUUGCCCCGUCUUUGACGGCCUUUUCGAGUUCUGUGGGAUCAGUGCUGGUGGCAGUAUGGAAGGCGCGGCACGCUUGAACAGGGGCAAAUGCGACAUCGCUGUCAACUGGGCCGGAGGGCUUCAUCAUGCAAAGAAGAGCGAAGCUAGCGGCUUCUGCUACGUCAACGAUAUUGUCCUCGGCAUCCUCGAGCUCCUACGAUACAAGAAGCGCGUCCUUUACAUCGAUAUUGAUGUGCACCAUGGCGACGGUGUCGAGGAAGCAUUCUACACGACAGAUCGCGUCAUGACUGUGUCCUUCCACAAGUAUGGCGAGUAUUUCCCAGGCACCGGUGAACUUCGCGACAUCGGUAUUGGUCAGGGCAAAUACUACGCUGUCAACUUCCCCCUACGGGACGGCAUAGAUGACUCGUCCUACAAGUCCAUCUUCGAGCCCGUCAUCAAGAGCGUCAUGGAGUUCUACGAUCCCGAAGCUGUCGUCCUGCAAUGUGGAGGCGACAGCCUGUCCGGUGACCGCCUGGGUUGUUUCAACUUGAGUAUGGAAGGUCAUGCCAACUGCGUCAAAUACGUCAAGAGCUUCAAUAAGCCCACUCUGGUACUCGGCGGUGGCGGCUACACCAUGCGCAACGUUGCUCGCACUUGGGCCUUUGAGACCGGGUUGCUUGUGGAUGCCAAUAUGCCACGCUCGUUGCCAUUUAACGAGUACUACGAGUAUUAUGGUCCCGACUACGCCCUCGAUGUCCGCGCCUCUAAUAUGGAGAACGCCAACAGCCCUGAGUACUUGGAGAAGAUCAAGAACCAGUUGAUCGAGAACCUACGUCGCACAAUUCAUAAACCCUCAGUGCAGAUGCAGGAUACCCCUCGCCACUCGCUGGGUGCGAUGUCUGACGAAGAUGAUGCCAUCCUGGACGAUCUGGAUGAGGACAAGAACCAGGAUAUCCGCAUGACCCAACGCCAAUGGGACCAACGGAUAGAACCGGACAACGAAUAUGAGGAAAGCGAUAAUGAAGACAUGGACAGAGCAAAUGGUGUUCAUCACAUCCGGGACACCAGGCCCGCUUUCGCUGAUUACCGCCAUUCAGAUGCUGAGGACAGUGGCGAUGUCACGCCAGCUAACGGUAGAACCGAUAAUGUCAUUACAUCUAAAGAAACCGAUGAAGUGGACAUGAGAGAUGUCGACAAAGAUGGGACACCUGAGGUUGCAGAGGCCACUGCUACCGUUGACACGACUGAGAAGCAGCCAGCACUCGAGAUAGACGCUGCCGGUAUAGCAGAGCAGGAAGAGGCCCUGAAAGAAGCACAAUUGCCUUCGAACUCAGACAAAGACAGCACCGGGAGCAACAGGACUGCAGCUACCGACAACAACAGCUCGAAUGGCAAAGCAAUAGAUCCCAAGGAGAAUGACGAGUUCAUGCGGGAUGCGGACGACAAUGUGGGCACUCCUGAGCGUGCAGUCGAGAAGCCACCAGCCGGAGAAUCCGAAGCCAAGACUGAACCAACGUCAGUUAACGUCGACCAUGAUGGUGAUGUUGAGAUGGACCAGCCUCCCCCGGCUCUGACGAAAGACGAUACCCAGGACAUAAAGAAGGAGGAGCCGGUAAACCCGACUCCCGUCAACGAGACGGACGACGCUGCGAAAUAUGUGCCCAGCAACUAG